CAUUCUCGUUCCACAUUGCAGUUCGUUCGGUUCGUUUUAUUUAGUCUGUUGCGAAUAUUCGUGAAAUAUAGGGAGCACUAUCGCAACGGGUUUGCGAUUUAAAUUUUUUUUACUUCUCUGAUCACUCAGUAUAACAUAAAAAUAUUAAUGGUCCAAGAUAGUCCAAUCAGCGUAUUCUGACUGACCACUGGAGCAGAGGAGAGCACAUUUCACCAAAACCGAAUUGAAUAUUUCUAACCAAACAAGAAAAUAAGAGAAAUGGAAGAUACGAGAAAUGAUCAGAAUUCCGAGAAUGAUCUACAACUCUUGCAAAAAAUGUUACAUGAGGCCACAGCGUAUAUGGCGAGACAAUACACGUCUGAGGAUAUGACCAUUAUUAUGGGAAACACUAAGGCUGGAAAAAGUACCUUGUUAAAUUACCUGAUAGGUAAUAAAUUAAUCGGAGUGAAAACUUCUGCCUACAAACCGGUUAUUUUGAAAAAAGCAGAUGAUUCUCCGGGACCAAAAAUAGGAGUGGAAUCCAUCGCAGAAACAGCCGUCCCAACCAGGUGGAAUUCUUCAAAACUGCCUUCUUUGGGAAUAUGGGAUUUGCCUGGUUUCCAUGAUAAUAGGGGGGUCAUACAAGAUAUUACUAAUGGAUUUUAUAUCAGCGAACUUUUAAAUAAUUCGACCUCUGCUAAAUUUGUGAUUGUAACAGACGUGAAUGACAUAGCAAAUGACAGCAUUCAUCCGUUUUUAUCAUUACUGAAUUCUGUUGAAGAUUUGUUAAGAGGAGCAAUGAAGGAAUGUUUUUCUAGCAUAGUUGUAAUCUUUACUAAAGUUCCAGGCAUGAUUUUUGAUAGCAAGGUCGAUAAGCAAUUUAUCAAGCAACUUUUGCAAGAUAAAUUUUUAGCAUGCAAUGGUAUUGAUAUUUCUGAAACUGCAAAAGAUUUCAUUACAUUUUUAAUUAAAAAUGAUCAAAAUAUUGGAUUUUUUUAUAAAGCUCGGGAAGGCCCAAUUGAUGAUUCAACUAUAGAGUUAGAUGUAAUUACAGCUAUAAAAAAUGCAAAAAGUGUACAUAAGCGUAUUUUGAAACAGGUUCUGCCGUGUCUAUCCGAAAGGUCAAAAAAUUAUUUGCAUAAAGAGCACGCAGUUAUUUCUGCCAUGAAAAUUUUUGAAAAAUUACUCAAUGAUUUAUCGAACAUUUGUGAAACAAAAGAUUCUUAUUAUUAUGAAGUUAUUCAUAAAGAAAACGUAAAACGUGAAGAACUUGAUGAUGUGCAAAAGGAUUUAUCAGUUAGUAUAAAUCAAAUGGAAAUAAUCGCGAUCUGUAAUUCGAAUUUACAAAAGAAGCUAAAAGCUCUUGAGUCAAUUGAUCCUUCAAUAAGAGAACUAAUUCAAAAACAUAAUUUAAUCGAGAGAGUUAAAUUGAUGGAGUUCAUUGACCGUGUGUUAAAUAUGGAAAAAACUAAUCAUCUUGAUCUAACCAUAAAUGUAACUCUUUCAUCUGCAAUGGCAAAGCAGAAAAAAUUCAGUAGCCGUAUAAAUGUAAAAUUAAGGGAAAUAGCUGAAAGGGAAGUAAGAAAUAGCUUUCUGAUAUCGUGUGCACUUGGAGCAAUUGCAACGGGAGGAAUGAUUUUAAAAUACUUUCCAAAAUAAAGUCACUUUUAGCCACUUUUUUUCCUUAAGUAAUAUUCUAGUUACUUUUUAAAAUAAAUAUAGCACUUAAAUUACUUUUGUUUCAAAAAACUGACCCAUGGCUUAGCCACUCUUGAAUGUACAGGGUGGCCACUGGAACGGGAAAACCGGGAAAAGACUGGGAUUUUAUGAGAGCGGGAAAAAUCAGAAAAUGACCGAGAAUCGUACACAUUUUUAGAAAAAAAAUCCGUCCAACUUUGAAUUCAUUCGUUUCUUAAUAAUUAGUUAACUUGUGAUCUUUUUAAAUUACAUCAUUCAGUUUCGAAUGCAUAAUUUUACAUAAUUUUAAAAUGCAGUUUGGAAGACUUAAU